AUGUCCUCCCUUGAUGUCAAUGCUUCAGAAUCCAAUGCUAAUGAUUUAGCUUUCUCAAAAGCUUUACAUGACCAUGAUACUAAUCGAAAUGGUUUACUAUCUACCAUUUUAUCAAAGGAUAAAGCUACCUUUGCAACUGUAGUGAAGGGUUACAUGAAUUUUUGGGUUGAAAAAGAUCCUAUUAAUGAAUCUGAAGAGGUUAAAGAAGCGAGGAGAAAAAGUUACACUGAAAUGACUAAUUCUUAUUAUAACAUCGCUACUGAUUUUUAUGAAUAUGGAUGGGGUGAUUCUUUUCAUUUUUGUAGGUUUUAUCCCGGUGAAAAUUUUUAUCAAGCAAUAGCAAGACAUGAACAUUAUUUGGCAAUGCAAUUAAAUGUAAAACCAAAUAUGAAAGUUUUGGAUGUUGGUUGCGGCGUUGGUGCUCACGUAAUUGGUCUCAAUAACAACGAUUAUCAAAUUUCUCGGGCAAGAAAAGCUGCAGCAAUCCGAGGUUUAGGAAACAAAUUAGAAUUUAUUAAAGGGAAUUUUAUGGCAAUGCCCUUUGACGAUAAUUAUUUUGAUGCCGUCUACGCAAUUGAAGCCACUUGUCAUGCGCCUUCAUUAGAUGAAGUGUACUCUCAAGUUUUUCGUGUCUUGAAACCUGGUGGCACAUUCGCCUUUUAUGAAUGGUGUAUUACUGAUAAAUACGACCCUACUAAUCCUGAACACAGAAGAAUCGCUCGUGGCAUUGAG